AUGUUUCUCCAUAAGGUAUACAUGAGUGGUUUCAAAUCAUACAGCCAGUCUGCACCCAAACUAGUCGAGUUUAUCCAAGGAGUCAACUGCUUGGUUGGCCCGAAUGGUAAAGGAAAGAGUAAUAUUGUGGAUGCUAUUUGUUUCGCAUUAGGCUUUGAUAUCAAACAGUUGAGAGUGAGUAAAUUGGACGAUCUUCUCACCACGAGAGGAGAAGAGAAAGAACCAUAUGCUCAUGUUCAAUUGAUCUUUUCAAGAUGUUCAUCUGAAACCGUUUCAGAAGAAGGAAAUUUCCAACCAUUGAAAGAGAAAGAACGGAAUCAUUCAGAAGAUUUGAUGGAGGAUGAACAGGAUGAACAAACUCUGCAACAAACCCUUCCGAAAACAACAACAUCUACCAUCGAGGGCGAAUGUUCCAAACAACAUGAAUUAUCGGUAACCAUCUUUAAAAACAAGAAUGCUCGGAAAUAUAAAUUGGAUGGCAAACAUGUAUCGCUGAGAGAGGUCCAAUCGUUUCUCUUCAAAAACGGACUCAGAAAUUGUGCCAAUUAUGUUAUUUUGCAGAAUCAGGUGAUUGCAUUGAGUUUUAAGGAUCCGAAAAAGUUGGCUGAAAUGAUUACUGAUGAAAGUGGAGGUUUGAAUUUUCAACAAAAGGUUGAAAAAGCUCUUCAUGACUUGGAAGUAUGGAAAGGUACUGAAAAGCACAUUAAGCAACAAAUAGACAAGUUGAAGAAGGUUAUUGAAGAGGAUAUGAGAAGGAUUAAACUCGUUCAGGAGAAACAAAGUGUGGAGGCUGAUUUGAGACAAGCUAGAAUUGCUGUCAAAUUGUCAAGAAAAACAGAACUUGAAGGAAAAGUUGCAUUGAAAUUGGAAGAGCAGAAGAAUGUUCAUCAAACGAUGGUCAAGUUGCAAGAUGAAAUCAAUGAAAUUGAGUUAAACAUCGAUAUUGACCCAUUAAGUAAAUGCGAUGACAAUACCAACGCUACUGGUGAGUGCUUGGAAGAGUUAGAUUUAAAGGAAAAGAAUCGACAGGAUUUAGAGUUUAAUUUGGAUCUCAUUCAGGAAGAAAUUUCUCAACUUGAAGAAAAGCGAAAGCAACUACUUCUUGCCUUUCAAGAACAGACCCAAUUAGACCACUCUAGAAAGCAUAGAUUUCAAGAAUUGACUCAAAAUAAGGCAGUUUUGGAUGCACGACUGUUAGCUAUAGAAGUUGUUAUGAAAAGCUCUUCACAGGGAGAGAUCACGCACACUCCCCAACAGCUAGCGACUGAGCUCAAGCUAGCAGAACAAUCCAUAGAUUCGUUGAAUGCUUCAGUGCAACGACUUACUAAUCUAGUCAAUACAAUUGAAAGUGAAAAAUCAAACGCUGAGAGUCUUGUUCAUCAACUUGAGAAUGGAAUAUCCUCCUUUCAAGGGGGCUCUAAUGCAUCAUUGGAUGAAGCACAACGUUCUCUUUCUCAAAUGAGAGACUACCUGACAGCCCAUGAAGGAAAACUACGCGUUUUAAAGAGUAAUCAUUCGUAUUUAACUCAAAUCCUACACUCUCACGAGCUGGAUCUUUUCCCCAACUCCACCUUGAUCAACAAGAUUACUUUGAAUCCUAACACAGAAAGUUAUUUACUCGCCCUUUUUGUCAUUGCAGGAAGAAAUAUUUUCAAUAUUAUCACACGAACAACAGAUGAGGCCGAACAAGUGUUAGUCAAGUACACCAGUUUAAAAAGGCAAUGUGUAAUUUGGCCCAUGGACAGACUGGACGCAACGCCUCAAAGAAAAAAGAUUGACAUUCAAAGAAAAUUAAGACAGCGUAACGAUUUAGAGUUUUUCCUACCAAUGGAUCUGAUUCAAUUUGAUCCAGAGAUUGAAACUGCCGUUCAAAGAUGUUUCGGUGAUUUUGUCAUUUCCAGCUCCAAUGACAUGUCCAAGAAACUACUUGAACUUGGAAUUUCAUCUGUGACGCUUGAUGGAGUCAAACAUAUUCCAGGACGAAUCAUUGGCGGAGAUUUUUCAAGGCAGAAUUCUACAAAUAUUAUUUCACAAAAAUUAAGGCUUCAAAGUGCUGAGAAACAAAUGAAGGAAGAAGAGGAAAUUGUGGAACAGGUAAAACUUCGUGUCCAUGAACAAGAAAAAUUGACAAGGGAAAUUGCGUCAUUACAGCAAAUGACACAUCGUUUGAAGCUAGAGCGUGAGCGUUUGGACAAGCUCAACAAACAGAAACAUAAUCUUCAACAACGAAUUUCCAAAGAAACAAUCGAAAUAGAGGAGUUAAAGGUUAAGAAAAUAUACAUUGAGGAACAAUUAAAUUCAAACAAUGCCGUUCAAAGAAUGAAAUCCGAACAUGAACAAUUGACUAUGGAAAAAGAGACUAUACUCGACGAGAUUGAAGAGAUAGAACAGCAACAAGAAGGGGAGAAAAUAUCCCACAAUCAUUUACAAGAAAUUGAGUUGGAAGUUUCUAAAAUGAAAGAAAAGGAACAGCAUCUAAAAGAUGAUCUUGGUAAUUGUUUGACAAGAAUUGAGGAACUCUCGAAACGAUAUGAAACGAUGAAAAAGCAUCAAGAGGAAGGAAAAACAAAGUCAAAAAAACUUCUUCAAAGAAAGCUGGAAAUUGAAAAGUCUCUCAAAGCAAUGGAGCAGCUAGAAAAAUCGCUCUUUCAAGAAAUUACAUCAUUCCAAAAAGAAAUUUCAUCUAUUGAGCAAGCCACCUCCCUUGAGCUCUAUGACCAUGACAAUGCCAUGAACACAAAAUCCGUCGAAGAAUUAGAAGUGAUCAUUGCAAAUCUGGAAAAGAAAUUCUCCAAACUCAAAAAGAAAGCAAAAAACUUGCUGAUUGACUCUAACGAUGUCGAACGAAAACAACAAACCCUCAAUAAUAGUUUGAAUCGAGUGGAAUGGAUCAAAACAAGCUGUGACCAGUUGAAAGAAGGAAUUGCACAGGGUCAACAAAUUGUGGAUCGUUACAAUCAAAUUGCUUUUGAAAAGAUUUCGUCUCUGUUCAUCAAGUAUACCUCCAUGAUGCUUGCAAAUAAGGAAUGUCAUUUAGCUAUGGUUGGAGAAAAAGUUAGUGAAGGAAUUGAAUUCAUUGUUAAACACAAAUCGAACAUGCAAAGAAAUAGCAUUUUACCAAGAUCCAAGAGCAAUGAAAGCCAACAGGCCUCACAGAGCCCCAUUCCUCUUAAUCAGCUUUCUGGAGGCGAAAAAACCAUGUUAAGCUUGGCUUUUCUUUUUGCCUUGGCCACUUUCAAAAACAGCAUGUUCUACAUUUUGGAUGAGAUUGAUGCAAACCUCGAUGAGGAGAAGCAAAAAAUCGUUGCCCGUAUUUUGACCACCAUGUUUAAGGAUAAGCAACAAGUCAUUAUGAUUUCUCACAACUCGGCUCUUCAAAGUGAAGCAGAUCGAAUUGUUCACAUUUAG